CGCCAGAGCCCUAGCUACAGGGGCCAGCGCGCCUUUUGUGACCUCACAGGAGGUAUGUGUGACUCUUGUCUGCGGGACCUUUCUGUAGUCAAAGACCAGAGACAUACCCACAAGGGUGACGGCCUCCCUAGGGAAGGAACCAGGAAACGCAUAGCUCCAUGUAGCUGCCCGGUGGGACUCUAGCAGGACCAUCAUGAAGAAGGUCAAAAAGAAAAAGGCUGAGUCCAGGCGCCGCAGGGAUUCCACGUCCCCGCAGGCUAGCUCUGACUCCUCACAGCAGCCCAGCUCAGAAACCCCGCCGGCAUGCCCAGAGCCCGUCUCACCACCUUGCCAGGAGUCCACCCCACCACAGCAAGUUAACCCUGAACCUACACCACAACAUCCUACACAACAGGCUCUGCUCCCUGUAGAAACCCGUCCCUCAUAUCCGUGCCUGGUAUCUUCAGAGGGCGAACCCAAAUCAACUUCACCAUCCAGGAAAGCAGGUGGGCACACUUCCUGCUUAAGCAGUUCUAGACUUCUUGAGGAUAAGAGAGUCCCAGAGCCAGGGGUGGGGUCUUGUAUAGUGAGAGUAUACAACCAGUGGGAGCUAUAUCGGGCCAUGUUUAUGAAGUGUGCAGUGCCUCUGACCUAUGUGGCUCCACCCUCCUGCUCCUGUGCAGCCUGCCCUGGCAGCUCCACUUGCUGGCGUCGUCUGGGGCUGUGCCACAGCCGCAUCUCCGAUGUCCUUCUGCCUCGGGACUGCCAAGCCAUACCAGGGAGAGGAUUUCCAAACCUCCUCACCUUCUACAGGUUCCCUAGUGGGCGGGGGGGCUAA